UCCUUCCCAUUUCUCUUAGUAGAAAAUAGGCUAUGAAUUUUAUUUUUCUAAUAUAUUUUUUUUAUUUGAUUGCAGCCUUUUGAAGAAGUGGAUUUUGGUGAUAAAAGAAGAUGCCAGACACCCAAGCUCUCGUCAAUGAUUUUCUUAACAAGCUUAAGAAACGUAAGAUCGAGGGUUCACAAGCAACAGCGAAGCAGACAGCUGAACUUCUUCGUUCAGUGAUUUCUCAAACUCGUGUGCCUUAUACGAACCAGGCUGCUGCUUUGAUUCAAUCGGUUAAAGCUGUUGGAGAACGACUAAUUGCUGCAAAUCCUGUCGACCUUGCUGUGGGUAAUGUUGCGAGGAGUGUUUUGCACAUCAUCAGAGUGGAAUCUCUUCCUAUUCACAAAAAUCUUCUAGGAAUCAUAUCAGUUUCAAAUUAGUAUGGACACAAAAGUUAAAUAUUUUAUGUUCUGGAUGCUUUUUUGAAGCUUUUCUUGAAGCUUUUCUUGUUGUUUUAUUUCUAGUUGUUGAUCAAUACUUUUCCUUUAAGCAAUUAGUAGUUUUGAAUCAUUUAAUUUAUUUAUAGAAACAUCAAUGUAUCUAAAGUAGCUUCUGUUAAUUUAGUAUGGGAAGGGGAAAAGAAUAAAUCAAUUUAUGUUGAUAUUAUUACUUGCAGAAAAUAGAAAUUUCACAUUGGGGCAUAAUCCUAUAAUGUUAUGUUGCUCAUACUCUUCAGUUUUCUUGAAGUAACCCAUGUCCUACACUUAUCUGAACACGAGUGUAAGGGUAUGACACUACUCGGACUCCAAAGACAGAUUGUUGGAAAAAUUCGAACAUACUGGGCC